AUGGAUGUAUUAAGCUCGCUGUGCUUAACGGCGUCGACGUCUUCAGUAAUUGACUACAAGUCAGACGAACAGCAAGAGUCAGCGCCGAAUUUAACAUCACUAUCCAAAUCUACGACAAACCCAACAGUUCCGAUACUUCCAACAGUCUCAACUAUCUCAACAGAGCGUAAAAAUACUGCUACCGCGUCAUCACGCGCUGCUAGCAUUCCGUCGCCCCCAAUGUUUCUUGAAAAAAACGAAGACAUCAUACCCCGGUCAAAAUUGGAUAAGAAACGUAAGAAUUCGAUACCAUUGCCCAUAUCAACGCGCUCUACGGGUAAGAGAAAGAGAGUCGAGACGGAAGAUGACCUGAAAGUACCCUCCACGCCCACUAAACGUAAAGCCAGUAACGAUUAUCUCCGUAAGGGUCAAUGGACCAGCACCGAGGAGCGACUUGCUCGCCUCUUAAUUGAGGCAUUUGAAGAAGGGUAUUUACCUAUUUACACGGGCAUUCGGCUACGUGGUUACUUAGCUGUGCAGUUGCAAUGCGAUCCCAUGCGCGUGUCAAAAAAACUCUGUGCAGGUAUGAUUGACGGCAAGGCAAUGCCCAAAAAUUAUGGCCAAAAGAAGUUUAAACUUCGCAAAAGAAUUUUAUGGGACUCAGAUGAGGCAGCAUGUCGAAUUUCCGAACUCGAGAGUCUAACUAUGGCGAUGUGGACUGAAGCACGAAUGAGGAAACCCUCGUAUCUUACGCUCUCGACUACUCACAAUAUGAACAAAAAGAAAGGAUCUGAUCACGAGAGUGACUCCGUCUUGUCACCCUCUGAAUGUGACAAAAGUUCCUCCUUGACGUCGUCGAAAAAACAGGAAAUGUUUCCUAUUAUAUAUUUAAAUCUGUCCAAAUUGAAGCAUUAUUCAAACAAAAUCGACGAUAGCGACAGUAAUCCUGCGUCUUCAUUUACAGAAUCUGAUUCGGACGGUGAGCCAGUGAGACUUGAUGGCGAAUCACUACAAGCUGCAUACGAUCUACUUACCUUGUGCAGUCCACGGAUACCUGCCUUGAAUGGAAAAACCAAGUUGAAGAAGAUAGAAGGUGAUUUUGUCGCUCCAAUUGAAGCGCUCGUCAAGAAAGAGUCUCUUCAAAAUGACAUCAGCAAGAAGUGCAUUGAAGAAAAGUCUAUGGAUGGCAAGUCAAACAUAAACAUCUUAAUCAAGGAUGGGUCUACUAUGUGUAUAUCAACCAGAGACCAAGUCGUUGAGACCAAAGCUGAUAGGGAAGAUACAAAGCAGAAUGAGAUCGAGCACUUGACAGCAGCCUCCAUCGUUUAG